CUUUUUCUGUGUUUAAUUACAAAUUACGAUCUCAUUUCAAAUUUCAAAAUCAAAAGUCUCUCUUUUUUCUCUCCCAUUGCAAAGCUCUGAAACUCUGCUCUCCCAAACUCCAUUGUUCUUCCUUCCAUGCUAAACUAUGUCUCUUCUCAGCCGAUUCUUCUACAAGCGUCCCCCUGAUGGCUUACUCGAAUUUGCAGACAGAGUCUAUGUAUUCGAUUCCUGCUUCUCCACCGAAGCCCUCCCAGAGGGAAUGUACCAGCUCUACCUCCGCCAAAUUCUCUCCGACCUCCACGAAGACUUCCCGGAAUCUUCCUUCCUCGCACUCAACUUCCGCGACGGUGACUCACGCAGCCGCUUCUCGCGCCUCCUGUGCGAACUCGACGCCACUGUCAUCGACUAUCCGAAGCAGUACGAGGGCUGCCCCCUCCUCCCCCUCUCCCUCCUCCACCACUUCCUCCGCCUCUGUGACACCUGCCUCGCCGACCCCGCCACCGUGAUCUUGUUCCACUGUGAGCGCGGCGGCUGGCCCCUCCUCGCCUUUCUCCUUGCUGCUUUCCUCGUUUUCCGGAAGGCGCAGAGUGGGGAGCGGAAGAUUCUGGAGAUGGUUCACAGGGAGGCGCCGAAGGGGCUGCUGCAGCUGCUGUCGGCGCUCAACCCGAUGCCGUCGCAGCUGCGUUAUGUGCAGUAUGUGGCUCGGAGGAACAUUGGCGCGGAGUGGCCGCCGCCGGAGAGGGCGCUGUCUCUGGACUGUGUAAUACUCAGAGGGGUUCCUGGGUUUGAUGGGGGGAAUGGGUGCAGGCCGUUGUUUAGGAUUUUUGGGAGGAAUUUGCUUAGUAAAGGCGGCCUUUCCACGCGGAUGAUUUAUAAUAUGCAUAAGAAGAAGAAGACUUUGAGGCACUACAGACAGGCAGACUGUGAUGUGAUUAAGAUUGAUAUUCAAUGCUUAGUGCAAGGGGAUGUGGUUUUGGAGUGCGUGCAUUUGGAUUUGGAUCCGGAGAGGGAGGUGAUGAUGUUUCGAGUGAUGUUCAAUACAGCAUUCAUUCGGUCAAACAUUUUGAUGCUGAAUGCUGAGAACUUGGACAUUCUGUGGGAUUCGAAGGAGCGGUAUCCAAAGGGCUUCCGGGCUGAGGUAUUGUUUGGGGAGGUUGAAAACAUAAGUCCUCAAAGGGCUCCCACAAGUAUUUUAGAUGGUGAGGUGAAAGGUGGAUUACCCAUUGAGGCAUUUUCAAGGGUUCAAGAACUUUUCAGUGGUGCAGAAUGGAUUGACAGUGGUGAUUCUGCUGCUGUAUGGCUUCUUAAGCAGCUUACAGUCUUAAACGACGCCAAAGAGUUUUCAAGGUUUCAGGGUAGAGGAAGUUGGUAUUCAUCUCCUGCUGACUCUGAAGAAGAAAAUAAUGAGUCGAGCACUGCUGAUAGUUCAGACGAGGCCUUUGAUGUUAUUCCCAGGUCUUAUGCUGAUCCUUCAAAAUUAUUUACAUCUGACACACCUGAUUUGGUCCAUUUAACUUUUGAAAACAACGGUGGAGAUUAUGUAAAUCUAACUUCAAGAACACCUGAUCAGUCACUAACCGAUGAUGUUUCAUUGCCUCACCAUGCUCUAACUAAGGAAACUUCUCCUUGUUUGUCUCCACCGUCACCUUCACAUUUUCCCGCUAUUCAACCUCUACCGACACUUCCACCUCAAUCAUCAAUACCUAUACAGCCAAGUUUAGCUCCUCCCCAUCCUCCCCCACCUCCCCCACCUCCGCAUCCAUUAGUUCAGGAUCUGAACAAUGCUUCUACAUUGCCUUCACCUCCUCCUCCACCCCCUCUCCCUCCUAUAGGUGGGGAUGCCAAUAGCACUCCUGGUUUACCUCCAUCUGUACAAACAAGUUCAGCCCCUCCACCACCUCCUCCUCCCCCACUUGCACUUGGACCUGUACAAACAACUUUAGUCCCACCACCUCCUCCUCCUCCACCACCAGGUACUGAGGGAACAAAUUCAGUCCCACCACCUCCGCCUCCACCUCCCCCUUCAGGUCCUUUGCGAACAGAUUUGGCCCCUCCACCUCCACCACCUCCUCCUCCUCCUUUAGGUCCUAUCCAAACAGGUUCAGCCCCACCACCACCACCACCUCCACCUCCACCUCCUUUAGGAUCUGAUCAAACAGGUUCAGCUCCACCACCACCACCUCCACCUCCUCUAGGUCCUGCACAAACAAGUUCAGUUCCACCUCCACCUCCACCUCCUUCAGGUCCUACAGAAUUAGGUUCUUUACCCCCACCACCUCCAGGUCUUGUACAAACAGGUUCUGCUCCACCACCACCUCCACCUCCUCCAGGUCCUAUACAAACUGGUUCAGCUCCACCUCCACCUCCACCUCCUCCUCCUCCAGGUCAUGUGCAAAUAGGUUCAGCUCCACCUCCACCUCCACCUCCUCCAGGUCCUGUACGAACAGGUUCAGCUCCACCACCACCUCCACCUCCCCCAGGUGCUGUACAAACAGGUUCAGCCCCACCACCACCACCACCUCCUCCUCCAGGUCCAGUACGAACAGGUUCAACUCCACCACCACCUCCUCCUCCUCCAGGUCCUGUACGAGCAGGUGCAGGUCCACCACCACCUCCACCUCCUCCAGGUCCUGUACGAACAGGUUCAGCCCCUCCACCACCUCCUCCUCCAGGUCCUAUACGAGCAGGUUCAGCUCCAUCACCACCACCUCCGCCAAGUGUACAAACAGGUUCAGCUCCUCCACCACCACCACCAUUGGCACCAAGGCCCCCAGGUGCUCCUCCUCCUCCUCCACCUGGUCGUGGUGCAUCUCCAAUGCCACCUGCACUUACAGCCACUAGUGUGGCACCACCUCCUGGCAAAGCUUCAACAACAAAUGUUGGUAGAGGUCGUGGUACUGGUGUUACUGCUAAUGCUCCAAAGAAAACUUUGCUAAAACCCCUACACUGGGUGAAAGUCGCUCGAGCAGCCAAGGGAAGUCUAUGGGCUGAUUCACAGAAACAGGACAGUGGAACAAGGGCCCCUGAGAUAGAUAUAUCAGAACUUGAGACCCUGUUUUCAGCAGCAUCUACUUCUGAUGGGAGUAGUACUAGAGGAGGAGUUCGGCGUGGUCCUAAUAUUAACAAGCCGGAGAAAGUACAACUGGUUGACUUGCGUAGAGCAUAUAAUUGUGAAAUAAUGCUCUCUAAAAUCAAAAUUCCUUUGCCAGAUAUGCUUAAAGCUGUACUGGCAUUGGAUUCUUUGGUUCUUGAUAUUGAUCAGGUUGAGAAUCUCAUCAAGUUCUGUCCAACAAAGGAAGAGAUGGAAAUGUUAAAGAAUUAUGCAGGAAACAAGGAAAUGCUUGGAAAGUGUGAACAGUUUUUUAUGGAGCUGAUGAAGGUUCCGCGUGUGGAAUCUAAAUUAAGGGUUUUUGCUUUUAAAAUCACCUUUUCUUCUCAGGUGAACGAUUUGAAGGUAAAUUUGAACACAAUCAACAAUGCAGCCAGAGAGGUGAAAGAAUCUGGGAAAUUGCGUCAAAUAAUGCAGACUAUUCUUACUCUGGGAAAUGCCUUGAAUCAAGGAACAGCACGGGGAUCAGCUGUUGGAUUCAAAUUGGAUAGCCUUCUUAAAUUAUCUGACACUCGUGCAAGAAAUAAUAAAAUGACUUUAAUGCAUUAUUUGUGUAAGCUUCUUGCUGAGAAAAUGCCAGAACUGCUAGAUUUUGAUAAGGAUCUUGUCCAUUUGGAAGCAGCUUCUAAGAUUCAACUAAAAGCAUUGGCCGAGGAAAUGCAAGCUGUGAGUAAAGGUUUAGAGAAAGUUGAGCAAGAACUCGCUGCUUCUGAAAAUGAUGGUGCCAUAUCAACAGGAUUUCGUAAGGUGUUGAAGAAUUUUCUUGAUAUUGCUGAAGCUGAUGUGAGGUCCCUUAUAUCAUUGUAUUCUGAAGUGGGAAGAAGUGCAGACUCUUUGUCCCAAUACUUUGGAGAGGAUCCAGCUAGAUGCCCCUUUGAACAAGUGACACAAAUCCUUGUUGUCUUUGUCAAGAUGUUCAACAAGUCAAGGGAGGAGAAUGAAAGGCAAGCAGAUGCUGAAAAGAAGAAAUUAGAGAAAGAAGCCUUGAAGGAAAAGGCCGCAAAUAAUUCACAUUCCAAAAGAGACGUGAUUCGGUAGAAACUUUGAACAUCUAACAACAAAGUUGCAGGGGUACUUUCAAUUCUAACACUGCAUUUCAAAUUUUGGACGGUCUCAAAUGCAAUUCUUGCAUUGCAUGCACCAUUAGGAUUAUUCCUUCAAUAUAGAUCAUGGUGGCCGUUGGUCGCAAGUGGUUGAGUUCCUGCAUUUGGAUGAAUGUGCAUCUUCCAUUGUUCUGCACUGCUGCUAAAGGAGACUGGUGGUCUUUUGUAAUUAUACCACAAGGCAACUGAUAUAGAAAAUUCAUGUUUUCUUCCUCUUUAAAGUAUAGGGGCCAUGUAUAAAUUUUUGAAGUUCAAUUUUUCUUGUGCUUUAGAUCAUUGCACAUACACUUUCUCAAUUUGUAAUCAAGAUACAGAUUAUUUUUGUAACUAGAAAGCACUUUAGAUAUAUGAUAA